CGUGACCGACGAGGACAUUCGUUGGCGACGAUGAUGAAAUAAACAAAGAGAUGUUGGGGCUACGAACCAAAAGGAAAGCGAUGUCAUGUCUUCUCUCUAGAAUCUUCGUUAGCAGCAACAGUUCUCAUCAUCAAAUCUCAACUCCAGUUUUUCCCUCCAAAUCUCUCUCAUCAAUUAGAAACCCUAUCUCAUUUACCGCGGGUGUUUUAAGUUCGUAUUCGAAGGCUCGCGGAAUCUGUUCAAGGGUUGGUAAUUCGAUGGGUGAUAAAGAUAAUGUAAUCUCAACUAUUGAGACUUUACAAAACCCUGAACCUGUUACUUAUCUCUCUCAGAGAGAUGCAGCUGAAAUCGAUGAAGUUCUUAUGGGUCCUCUUGGGUUUAGUGUUGAUCAGUUGAUGGAAUUGGCAGGUUUGAGUGUUGCCACGUCAAUUGCCGAGGUGUACAAACCAAGUGAGUACAAACGCGUUCUUGCUAUUUGUGGUCCAGGAAACAAUGGCGGUGAUGGCCUUGUGGCUGCUCGUCAUCUUCAUCACUUUGGUUAUGCGCCAUUUAUUUGUUAUCCUAAGCGUACUCCAAAGGCUCUCUAUAGUGGUUUGGUUACUCAGCUGGAAUCGCUCGCAGUCCCUUUUCUGUCAGUUGAAGAUCUGCCUGUGGACUUGUCAAAUGAUUUUGAUAUCAUCAUAGACGCAAUGUUUGGAUUCUCCUUUCAUGGUGCACCAAGACCGCCCUUUGAUGACCUCAUCCAUAAGCUGGUAUGUUUGCACAGUCGUGAUCAAACUCGUCAGAGAUCACCCGUCAUUGUAUCUGUAGAUAUCCCCUCUGGUUGGCAUGUUGAAGAAGGGGACACUGGUGGUGAAGGGAUUAAGCCUGACAUGCUGGUUUCACUGACUGCUCCAAAGCUGUGCGCCAAGAAAUUUUCUGGUUCCCAUCACUUCUUGGGCGGUAGAUUUGUUCCGCCUACUAUUGCAGAGAAAUAUCAACUCCAGCUUCCACCUUAUAUCGGCACUUCCAUGUGUGUUCGGAUUGGAAAGCCUCCGAAAGUUGAUAUAUCUGCUCUAAGAGAAAACUAUGUUUCGCCAGCAUUUCUCGAGGAUCAACUGGAGGCCGACCCGAUAGAUCAAUUUCGCAAAUGGUUUGAUGAUGCGCUGGUCGCUGGUUUGCAUGAACCGAAUGCAAUGGCCUUGUCGACUUCAAACAAGAAUGGAAAACCGUCAUCACGGAUGGUCUUGUUAAAAGGAGUUGAUAUGGAAGGCUUUGUUUGGUACACCAAUUAUGAAAGUCAGAAGGGGAAUGACUUAUCAGACAAUCCUCGUGCAUCUCUUCUUUUCUAUUGGGAUGGUCUUAAUCGCCAGGUAAGAGUGGAAGGACCUGUGCAGAAAGUUCCUGAGGAGGAGUCAGAGAAUUACUUCCACAGCCGUCCACGUGGAAGCCAGAUUGGGGCAAUAGUCAGCAAGCAGAGUAGUAUAGUACCUGGGAGGGAAGUACUUUACCAAGAAUAUGAGGACUUGGAAAAUAGAUUUUCUGAUGGAACCAUCAUUCCUAAACCAAAGCAUUGGGGAGGAUAUAGAUUAAAACCAGAGCUUGUUGAGUUUUGGCAGGGACAACCAUCACGAUUGCAUGAUAGGUUGCAGUAUUCUCUUCGAGAAAUUGAUGGAAAAUGGGCAUGGAAAGUUGACCGCUUGGCACCAUGACUAGUAUCUUGUUUAUGAAAUAAAAUAAAAAGCAACUCUCCUGCACACUACAAUAUAAAUUUGUAAUCAGAUGUGCAAACUUUAUAUUCAUGUGCUGAAUGAGCUAGUAUAUUACUGCAUACAAUGAAGAAACCAUAGAGUUGGCCUGAAAUCAGAUGAGCUUCUCAAUUUUGUGAACGUCUUCAGCAGUUGAUUAUAUUCUAGGUCAUGAUGUCCUAGCACGACUCUGCAGUAAAGUUCUGACUGAGUAGUACUGUGUGGGUUGUGGAUAAGGUUGCCUUGGUGGAACUGAGGUGGUCCUACAGUGAAAUAAACAUCAAUACAAGUGGGAUUGGGGUUUGAAAGUAAUCUCGACCAGAUGAAGUUUGUGAGCCUUCCCUGAUCUUAGCUUUUUUGAAAGGUUGAUUUUGAAGAGAAUGACUAAACCAGACUAGAUCACUUUGUAUGUGAGGGGGACUCGACCACUUUUUAGAGCUCAAAAGUGAAUUUUCUGAAUCUUGUACAUCAAAGUUCCUUGAAAUUACAAUGCAUAUCAUGGAAAA